AUGAAGCUAUUCUUGGUCUUGGCAGGCCUCCUGGCCCCUCUGGCCAUACCUCAGACCUCCAGUGGUGCCACUCCAGCUGUGCUGGGGGGUGUGGAGGAUUCCCUGAUCCUGACCUGUAUGGAGGAGGCCAAGCAGCUGGUGGACAAGGCCUACAAAGAACGGAGAGAAAGCCACCCCUUCAAUACGCAGUCCUGGCCCACCACAGGCUGGGCUCUGCUGAGUGUCUCUGGCCCUUCCCUGACCCUCCCUUGUCUAAGCAGCAUCAAAGAGAACCUUCGACGGGGCACUGCUAGCCCCAUGGAACUCAUCUCCUACUUCAAGCAGCCGGUGGCAGCAACCAGAACAGCUGUGAGGGCUGCAGACUAUCUUCACGUGUCCCUAGACCUGCUGAAGAGGAAGUUGCAGCCCCAGUGGCCAGGGCCUUUCAAUAUCACUGAUGUGCUGACACCUGCUCAGUUGAAUCUGUUGUCCAAGUUGAGCGGCUACGCCUAUCAGGACGUGGGGGUGAGGUGCCCUGAGCAGGACAAGUAUCGCACCAUCACGGGACUCUGCAACAACAGGCGCAGCCCCACGCUGGGGGCCUCCAACCGCGCCUUUGCACGCUGGCUGCCCUCAGAGUACGAAGAUGGCGUCUCCUUGCCCCUCAGCUGGACGCCCAGGGUCAAGCGCGAUGGCUUCCCGGUGCCCUUGGCUCGAAAGGUGUCCAACGACAUCGUGAGCUUCCCCAACGAUCAGCUGACCUGGGACCAGGAGGAACCGCUCAUAUUCAUACAGUUUGGACAGUUUGUGGAACACGACGUAACUUUGACUCCGGAGUCUUUUACCCCGUCCUCCUUCACUGGCCUCAACUGCGAGACCAGCUGCCUGCAGCAGCCACCCUGCUUCCCGCUCAAGAUCCCACCUAAUGACCCUCGAAUCAAGAACCAAGAGGAUUGCAUUCCCUUCUUCCGCUCCUGCCCAGCAUGCACCGGGAGCAACAUCACCAUUCGCAACCAGAUCAAUGCUGUUACUUCCUUCGUGGAUGCCAGCACAGUAUAUGGCAGCGAGGACCCCCUGGCCAGGAGGCUGCGCAACCUCACCAACCAGAUGGGGCUGCUGGCUGUCAAUACCCGCUUCCAAGACAAUGGUCGGGCCCUGAUGCCCUUUGACAACCUGCACGACGAUGACCCCUGCCUCCUCACCAACCGCUCUGCUCAAAUUCCUUGUUUCCUGGCAGGGGACAUGCGCUCCAGUGAGAUGCCUGAGCUGACCUCUGUGCACACCCUCUUCGUUCGAGAGCAUAACCGCCUGGCCACAGAGCUCAGGCGCCUGAAUCCUCACUGGAGUGGGGAAAGGCUCUUCCAGGAGGCCCGAAAGAUUGUCGGGGCCAUGGUCCAGAUCAUCACAUACCGGGACUACCUGCCCUUGGUGUUAGGGCCAGCAGCCAUGAGGAAGUACCUACCCAGGUACCGAGGCUACAAUGACUCAGUGGACCCUCGCAUCGCCAACGUCUUCACCAACGCUUUCCGCUAUGGCCACACCCUCAUCCAGCCCUUCAUGUUUCGCCUGGACAAUCAGUCCCGGCCCACAGGACCCAACCCCAGGGUCCCACUCAGCAAGAACUAUUUUGCCACUUGGAGAGUUGUGCUGGAAGGUGGCAUUGACCCCAUCUUCCAAGACCUCAUGGCCACCCCUGCCAAAGUGAAUCACCAGAACAAGAUCGUGGUGGAUGAGACCUGGGAACAACUCUUUGAGCAGGUGAUGCAUGAGCAAAGCAUGGACCUGGCUGCUUUGAAAACACAGCGCAGCAGGGAUCAUGGUCUCCCAGGAUACAACGCCUGGAGGCGCUUCUGUGGGCUCCCACAGCCCAGCACAGUGGGCGAGCUUGGCACAGUGCUAAAGAACCUGGACUUGGCACAGAAGCUGAUGGCACAGUACGGCACCCCCAACAACAUUGACAUCUGGAGGGGUGGUGUAUCCGAGCCCCUGGAGUCCAAUGGCCGAGUCGGUCAGCUCUUUGCCUGCCUCAUUGGCACUCAGUUUAGGAAGCUACGCGAUGGCGAUCGGUAA